AGAGCGCUUCGAAGUCGGGACUCUGCGCCGCGAGGCACGAUGCUGAAGUCCAAGACUUUCUUAAAAAAGACGCGGGCGGGCGGCGUGAUAAAGAUCGUGCACGAGCACUACCUGCGGGAUGACAUCGGCUGCGGUGCGCCCGGGUGCGCGGCGUGCGGCGGUGCUCACGAGGGGCCGGUCCUCGAGCCGCAUCCCCUCGACCUGGCGAGCAGCCUCUGCCCGCAGCCGCACUACUUGCUGCCCGACACCAACGUGCUGCUGCACCAGAUUGUAACUGUCUGGAGGCCGGGGACCCGGGCUUCUAUGGCCUCCAGCUUGCGACCCCCAGGCAGCUUAGAAACUUAUGUAGAACAAAAAGAAGGAGAAAAUUCUAAUGACAGGAAUGAUAGAGCCAUUAGAGUAGCAGCAAAAUGGUACAAUGAACAUUUGAAGAAAAUAUCAGCAGAGAAUCAGCUGCAAGUUAUCUUCAUUACAAAUGACAGGAAAAACAAAGAGAAAGCCAUAGAGGAAGGAAUACCAGCUUUCACUUGUGAAGAAUAUGUGAAGAGCCUAACUGCUAACCCUGAACUUAUAGAUCGUCUUGCUUGUUUGUCUGAAGAAGAGAACAAAAUAGAAAGUGGAAAAAUAAUAUUUUCAGAGCAUCUUCCCUUAAGUAAGCUACAACAAGGCAUAAAAUCUGGCACGUACCUUCAGGGAACAUUUAGAGCCAGCAGGGAAAAUUACUUAGAAGCUACAGUAUGGGUUCAUGGAGACGCUGAAGAAAAUAAAGAGAUAAUCUUACAAGGGCUUAAAAAUUUAAACCGAGCUAUUCAUGAAGACAUUGUGGCUGUGGAGCUUCUCCCCAAGAAUCAGUGGGUAGCACCAUCUUCUGUGGUUUUACAUGACGAAGGUCAAAAUGAAGACGAUGCGGAGAAAGAAGAGGAAACAGAACGCAUUCUUAAGACUGCUGUAAAUGAAAAAAUGUUAAGGCCUACAGGAAGAGUUGUAGGAAUAAUAAAAAGAAAUUGGAGACCAUAUUGUGGCAUGCUUUCCAAGUCUGAUAUUAAGGAGUCAAGAAGACAUCUCUUUACACCUGCUGACAAGAGAAUUCCUCGAAUUAGGAUAGAAACUAGACAAGCUUCUGCAUUGGAAGGACAUAGAAUUAUCGUUGCUAUUGAUGGAUGGCCCAGAAAUUCCAGAUAUCCAAAUGGACACUUUGUGAAAAAUUUAGGUGAAGUUGGAGAUAAAGAGACUGAAACAGAAGUUUUGUUGCUUGAGCACGAUGUGCCCCAUCAGCCUUUUUCACAGGCAGUCCUUAGCUUUCUGCCAAAGAUGCCCUGGAGCAUUACUGAAAAGGACAUGAAAAACCGAGAAGACCUGAGACAUCUUUGUGUUUGUAGUGUAGACCCACCGGGAUGUACUGAUAUUGAUGAUGCUCUGCAUUGUAGAGUACUUGAAAAUGGAAAUUUGGAGGUUGGUGUUCAUAUUGCUGAUGUUAGCCAUUUUAUUAGGCCAGGAAAUGCUUUGGAUCAGGAAUCAGCCAGAAGGGGGACAACUGUGUAUCUUUGUGAAAAGAGGAUUGACAUGGUUCCAGAGUUGCUUAGCUCUAACUUAUGUUCCUUAAGAUGUAAUGUUGACAGGCUGGCAUUUUCAUGUAUUUGGGAAAUGAAUCACAACGCUGAAAUCCUAAAAACGAGGUUUACCAAAAGUGCCAUUAAUUCAAAGGCUUCUCUUACAUAUGCUGAAGCUCAAAUGAGAAUUGAUUCAGCGGCCAUGAAUGAUGAUAUUACUAUUAGUCUCCGUGGACUAAAUAAACUAGCUAAAAUUUUGAAAAAAAGAAGAAUCGAAAAAGGAGCUUUGACUCUUUCUUCUCCAGAAGUUCGAUUUCACAUGGACAGUGAAACUCAUGAUCCUAUAGAUCUACAGACCAAGGAACUUAGAGAAACAAAUUCCAUGGUGGAAGAAUUUAUGUUACUUGCCAAUAUCUCUGUUGCAAAAAAAAUUCAUGAAGAAUUUUCUGAGAAUGCUCUGCUUCGAAAACAUCCUGCUCCUCCUCCAUCAAAUUAUGAAAUUCUUGUUAAGGCAGCUAAAUCUAAGAAUUUGGAAAUUAAAACUGAUACAGCCAAGUCUUUGGCUGACUCUUUGGAUCGGGCUGAUUCUCGUACUUUCCCGUAUCUGAACACUCUGUUAAGAAUAUUAGCCACUCGCUGCAUGAUGCAAGCUGUGUACUUCUGCUCUGGAAUGGAUAAUGAUUUUCAUCACUACGGCUUAGCGUCCCCAAUAUACACGCAUUUUACUUCACCCAUCAGAAGAUAUGCGGACAUCAUUGUUCAUCGAUUGCUGGCUGUGGCUAUCGGGGCUGAUAGUACUUAUCCAGAGUUGACAGACAAGCACAAACUUGCAGAGUUAUGCAAAAAUCUCAAUUUCCGGCACAAAAUGGCUCAAUAUGCCCAGCGUGCAUCAGUGGCUUUUCAUACCCAGUUAUUCUUCAAAAGCAAAGGCAUAGUAAGUGAAGAAGCCUAUAUUCUUUUUGUGAAAAAAAAUGCUAUUGUGGUGUUAAUUCCAAAAUAUGGUUUGGAAGGUACAGUCUUUUUUGAAGAAAAGGACAAACCCAAGCCACGGCUUAUUUAUGACGAUGAGAUACCUUCACUUAAAAUAGAAGAUACUGUGUUUCAUAUAUUUGAUAAAGUUAAAGUAAAAAUCAUGUUGGACUCGUCAAAUCUGCAGCAUCAGAAAAUUCGAAUGUCCCUAGUAGAACCACAGAUACCAGGAAUAAGUGUUCCUAUUGAUACGUCAAACGUGGGCAUUAAUGAACCAGAGGAAAAGAAGAUGAAGCUUGAAAAAUAGCUACAACCAACAGAAAAACUUCAAGGAUUGGUUUCCUUUUAAAAAAAAGUUAGGACAUUUCUAAACCUAAGAAGUGUGUGAAACAGUUUAUUACUUUUAUGUACAUUUUGAUACUUUUUAAAGGGAGCAUUUGUCAGCUCAUUAGAGAGCAGAUUAACUUUGCGUAGGUAAUUUGAUUAUUUAAUAUUGCUAGGAAAAAAACUACCAUUUUCCUAUGGAGAAAAAUACAACAGUUUUAGAAGCAAGGAACAAUCUAUCCUUUGUAAACCCUGAAAGCUGUGUUUGGUAUGGCAGUUUUUAAAUUUCAAGAGAAUUAAGAUCUGUCAGGGAAUUCAAUAAUCUUUGCUAUCUUUAAUUUACCUAAGUUGUAUUAUGGGUUCUCUUUCUGUUAGAAAGCCUCCUGUAGUUUCUUAAUGGUUCUUAAACAGCUGUGCUUGUUAUAGGAAGGCAAGACUUAGGAUAUUUUGAUCUGACUCGAAAAAUAGUUGUUUUAUACCGGGUAAUAUGAGUGAUCAUCAUCCUUCACCUUCAUCUCAAAUGUCUCCCCAAAGUAAGGCAUUAGGAUUCAAAGAAAGACUGGAUAGUACUUUAAAUGUCAUAUCGUUGUUACUUAUAAAAUAAAAAGUAGGUAAUGAAUGGCUUUUAUACUGCAUGUGUAUCAUAUGGGAAAGGGGGGAUUGUGUAAAUACAUA